AUGAGGCCGCUCAGCGCGUCCCGUCCCGUCUGUUUCUACUACCAGCCACGCCACGCCGGAGCCACGCCACGCCACCCCAGGGCCACGCCACAGUCACGCCAACCCAGAGCCACGCCACGUCACGCCAAUCACACCAAGCCAGAGCCAAGCCACGCCACGCCAAGCCAGAGCCACGCCACGCCAGUCACACCAAGCCAGAGCCAAGCCACGUCAAGCCUGAGCCAAGCCACGCCACGCCACGCCAGAGCCACGCCAAGCCAGAGCCACGCCACGCCACAGCCACACGCCACGCCAGAGCCAAGCCACGCCACGCCAAGCCAGAGCCACGCCACACCACAGCCACACGCCAAGACAGAGCCAAGCCACGCCACGCCACGCCAGAGCCACGCCACACCACAGCCACACGCCAAGCCAGAGCCAAGCCACGCCAAGCCAGAGCCACGCCACACCACAGCCACACGCCAACCAGAGCCACGCCACACCACAGCCACACGCCAAAGCCACGCCACACCACAGCCACACGCCACGCCAGAGCCAUGCCACACCACAGCCACACGCCACGCCAGAGCCAUGCCACACCACAGCCACACGCCACGCCAGAGCCACGCCACACCACAGCCACACGCCAAGCCAGAGCCACGCCACACCACAAGCCACGCCACACCACAGCCACACGCCACGCCAGAGCCACGCUACGCCACAGUCACGCCAAGUCAGAGCCACGCCAAGCCAGAGCUACGCCACACCACAGUCACGCCAAGCCAGUGCCACACCACAGCCACACGCCACGCCACGCCACACCACAGCCACGCCAAACCACAACCACGCCAGAGCCACGAUCUUCUGCCCUCCCUCUCCGACACCAGCAGCGGCUCCAGUCCAAAUGACGCCUUCCUGAGCUGCUGA